GUAACAUCGCGCGACUUGCCACGCGCAAGGUACAAAUUGGACAAUUUGCGCACAAAUGAAUAUAAAUGGCUAUGCAUAUCCGCGCGAGGUCGAGUAUUUGGUACGCAGAGCCGCCUUGUCGGUGCUAAUUGGAAACGUCCCAAGUUAAUAAAUACCAAUAUUGGCGAUGAAGUUUUUCGCGUUGAUACAGCUGUUAGCGGCUGCGGCUGUAGCUUCAGCCGCCUUCACGUGGCAGAACGUGAAGAUAGGUGGAGGUGGUGGUUUCGUCCCCGGUAUCGUCUUCCACCCGACGGCGAAGGGAGUCGCGUACGCCCGGACAGAUAUCGGUGGUUUAUACCGACUUAAUUCGCGCGACGACUCAUGGACGGCCAUAACGGAUGGUAUUACUGACAAUGACAACUGGCAUAACUGGGGUGUUGAUGCCCUUGCUCUCGAUCCGCAGAACGAGAAUGCGGUAUAUGCUUCCGUGGGCAUGUAUACCAAUGAUUGGGACCCGAAACCUGGCUCUAUCAUCCGCAGUAGUGAUAAAGGUGCUACGUGGAAAACCACCAAUCUUUCUUUCAAAAUCGGCGGUAACAUGCCGGGCCGUGGAAUGGGUGAGCGUCUAGCAGUCGACCCAGCCAACUCUAAGAUUCUAUACUUCGGUGCUCGCAGCGGAAACGGACUUUGGAAGAGUACGGAUGGUGGUGAGACAUUCACCAAAGUCUCUUCAUUCACAGCUGUGGGAACUUUCAUCCCUGACCCUAAAGAUACCAAUGGGUACAAUAGUGAUAAGCAAGGACUCGCCUUCGUGACUUUCGACUCCACUAGUGGCACGACGGGCGGUGCUACAAAGAGAAUUUUCGUUGGUACGGCCGACAACACGACUGCGAGCGUCUAUGUGUCUGAAGACGCAGGUGCUACGUGGAAUCUCGUUAAGGGACAACCAGGUACCUAUUUCCCACACAAGUGUGUUCUGCAGCCAAAGGAGAAGGCUCUGUACCUAACAUAUAGUGAUGGAACGGGUCCUUAUGAUGGAACAUUAGGCGCCGUGUACCGAUAUGAUAUCGCCGCAGCCACGUGGAAAGACAUCACACCUGCCUCCGGGAGUGACCUGUAUUUCGGGUUUGGUGGGCUGGGUGUGGAUAUGCAGAAACCCGGGACGAUUGUUGUCGCGACCUUGAAUUCGUGGUGGCCAGAUGCACAGAUCUUUAGAUCGAACGACUCGGGUACUACCUGGUCCAAAAUUUGGUCGUGGGGUAACUAUCCGGAUCAGAACCUGUAUUACGCGCAAACGACACCAAAAGCUCCAUGGAUAAAGACAGGCUUCCUCGAUACCGAUACAAAAGAUCUCGGAUGGAUGAUUGAAGCAUUGGUUAUCAACCCUCUGGAUAGUGACCACUGGCUCUACUCUACCGGUUUGACUGUGUUUGGGGGUCACGACCUAACGAGAUGGGAUACGACUCAUAAGGUAUCGAUUCAGUCGCUUGCCGAUGGCAUCGAAGAGUUCUCUGUUCAGGAUGUUGUUUCGGCACCUGGAGGAAGCGAGCUACUUGCUGCAGUGGGAGACGACAGCGGGUUCACCUUCAAGGACACAGCAAGUUUGAAGACGUCUCCUAGCACACCUUGGAUGAAUCCGAUCUGGUCAACAUCCUCUAGCGUCGACUACGCCGGAACAGCUGUGAAGAAUAUUGUCCGUAUUGGUAAUUCUGCCGGAUCGCAACAGGCCGCACUCUCAAGCGACGGUGGAGCAACCUGGAACGUCCACCCAGCAGCGGACAACAAUACGAAUGGCGGUACCGUAGCCUAUUCCGCCAAUGCAGACACGGUUGUAUGGUCAACUUCGACGAGCGGGGUGCAGCGUUCCCAGAAACAGGGCACUUUCUCGGCAGUAUCCAGCCUUCCCUCCGGCGCCGUAAUUGCUUCAGACAAGCAGAACAACACGGUAUUUUACGGUGGUUCUGGAGCGAGCUUCUAUGUCAGCACCAACACUGGAUCAUCGUUCUCCAAGGCUGGCGCCCUAGGCAGUGCCACCGCAGUCCGCGACAUUGCUGCUAAUCCGACCAAAGCGGGUGAUGUUUGGGUUUCGACCGACAUAGGCGUUUUCCACUCGACGGACUUUGGUUCUUCCUUCAAACAGGCUGGUACCACUCUGAAGAACACAUACCAGAUUGCUCUUGGAAAGGGAUCAGGGAGCACUUGGAACGUGUACGCGUUCGGUACAGGAUCCGCGGGUGCCAAGCUCUAUGGCAGUGCAGAUGAGGGUGCUUCUUGGACAGAUAUCCAGGGGAGCCAGGGGUUCGGUUCCAUUGACAGUGCUAAAGUAGCUGGUAGCGGAAACACAGCGGGACAAGUAUAUGUUGGGACAAACGGAAGGGGAGUCCUCUAUGCUUCAGGUACGAUAAAAAAGAGAAGUGAGAUGAAGACAACUACAUUUAAUGCGUAGUAUUCAUUUGCGGUAGUUAAUAAGUAAUUUGUUUCCGUAUAUUGACAUGUGUCGGUGUCUGCAGAGUAUAGUCAAAGGUGAAUACCAAUGAGUGACAAACACGAUGGGAGAGCCUUGCGAUUGAAAGCUAAGAUGCCAGGAUACUUGGGGGGGGAUAACGAAGAACUGUAAAGAACACAGUCAGGGAUAUGCUAGUCACGGUUCGGAUAGUGCCCUCGCCAAUUAAGGUUAGGGAAGCUGAGAUGGCUGAACAAUAUUAAC